UCACCGAGGUGACCACAAAAUUUUUUUUCUUUAUUAUUUUUUUUUUCUCUUUCUCAUGAUACUUUCAAUGUAUUUUUUCAUUGUGUUAAUACCCAUUGUGACGAGUUACCAAGAUGAUCAAAGACUAAUCAAGGCCAGAUACCUGAAAUCAGAUAUCACAUCGGGUACCUUUCCCUCAAUGGAUUUUUGUACCGAGUACUGCCUCAAUCAAUGUAAACUUAUACCCUUAUUUGGCUCAAGGACACCAGAGUUCCAAAUCCGAUAUUUCUGCAACAAUAUUAAAGAAACAAGGGAAUCUCAUAAGACCAAAUACCUCACCUUGUCAAUGCUUACACUCUCGGUAAUAAUAACGAUCACUAUAAUUUUUGUCAUGUGCUGCUAUUGCAGCAGACCCCCUCGAGCCAGAAGAGUUAAUGUAAGAUCGGACUCACAUGUAAUCGAACUGCGUGAAUUCUAA